ACUUUCCUCGUCGUGUCCAUUUAACUCUUUGAAAAACUCUUCUUCUCUUCCGAGUACAUCUUCUCUGCAAAUUCUCUUUGUUUCUUCGUGGUUUCAUCAAUGGCUUCGGUGAAACCCAUUCCAAUUCUGAAAGAUGAGCUCGACAUCGUGAUCCCCACGAUCCGUAACCUGGAUUUCUUGGAGAUGUGGAGGCCGUUCUUCGAGCAGUAUCACUUAAUCAUUGUUCAGGAUGGUGACCCAUCGAAGACCAUCAAGGUCCCUGAAGGCUUUGACUACGAGCUCUACAACAGGAAUGACAUCAAUCGGAUUUUGGGUCCCAAGUCUUCUUGCAUUUCGUUCAAGGACUCUGCUUGUCGCUGCUUUGGCUACAUGGUUUCCAAGAAGAAGUAUAUCUACACAAUUGAUGACGAUUGCUUUGUUGCUAAAGAUCCAUCUGGGAAAGAGAUCAAUGCUCUUCAGCAGCAUAUAAAGAAUCUCCUAUCUCCAUCCACACCAUUCUUUUUCAAUACCCUUUAUGAUCCAUACACAGAAGGUGCAGAUUUUGUCCGCGGAUAUCCUUUCAGUCUCCGUGAGGGUGCACCUACUGCUGUUUCUCAUGGCCUCUGGCUCAAUAUCCCUGACUAUGAUGCUCCCACCCAACUUGUCAAGCCUUUGGAGAGAAAUACCAGGUAUGUUGAUGCAGUUUUGACAAUACCCAAGGGAACUCUAUUCCCCAUGUGUGGUAUGAAUCUAGCAUUCAACCGUGAACUUAUUGGACCGGCAAUGUACUUUGGACUCAUGGGUGAUGGUCAGCCAAUUGGGCGAUACGAUGAUAUGUGGGCUGGCUGGUGUGUGAAGGUUAUAUGUGACCAUCUGGGAUAUGGAGUAAAGACAGGUCUACCCUACAUAUGGCACAGCAAAGCCAGCAACCCAUUUGUGAAUCUUAAGAAAGAGUACAAUGGUAUCUUCUGGCAAGAAGAAGCAAUCCCAUUCUUCCAGUCUGUUGUCCUUCCAAAAGAAUGCACUACUGUCCAGAAAUGCUACAUUGAACUUUCCAAGCAAGUCAAGGAAAAGCUUGGAAAAGUUGAUCCCUAUUUCAACAAGUUAGGAGACGCCAUGGUUACUUGGAUUGAGGCUUGGGAUGACCUUAACCCAACUGGAAGCAACUCUGAAAAGAUACCCAAUGGCCCUAUUACGAAGUAGACUCUGUCAACAAAUAUUAAGCUUCCUAGCUCUCAAUUACUAGUUUUUUUAAAUUAUUGUUAAACUAUUAAUAUCAUUAUUAUUAGUAGUAUUACUAUCAAUAUUAUUAUUAUUAUUAUUAUUAUUUACCUGAAAGUUUGAUUAUUAUUAUUUUGAUUAAUAAUAUUUUUUGGCCUUGGAGUGGAGGA